AAGAGCAUGGUACGUACAUCACCCCAUGCAAAGUCGUCGAGAUUGGAGUGGGCAUGUCUCAGCUCAGAACCGCAUUGUCAACGGGGUGGAAGCAGCCCCACACACAUGGCCCUGGCAGGCGUCGCUACAGGCGCAGACGGGGACUGGCUGGUACCACGUGUGUGGUGGCUCGCUCGUGCGACAGCAGUGGGUGAUGACCGCCGCACACUGCAUCCAGGCAGAUCGUGUCUAUCGUAUGGUACUGGGCAAGCACAACUUACAUCUCAACGAGGCUGAGCAAUUCAAGUCGACAAUCGCUCUGAGUGUCGUGCAUCCUUCCUGGAAUAAUGAUCCAACCAGAGGGUUUGACAUCGCUCUGAUGAAGCUAUCUUCCCCCGCACCUCUUAGCGAGCAAAUUAAACUCGCGGUGCUGCCACGCGCGGAGCAGGAGCUGUGGGAUAACGUCACCUGCAUGGCUACAGGCUGGGGUCUCCUCGCGAGUGAUGGUCAGUUUCCCAGCGUGCUGCAGGAGGCCAAGCUCCCGUUUGUGAACUACUUCACGUGCAGCCAGCGUGAUUGGUGGUGGCGCAACGUCAACACGAACCUGAUUUGUGCUGGGGAUGAUCACGCAGUUUGCAAUGGUGACUCGGGUGGGCCACUGAGUUGCCAGGAACCCAACGGUUCAUGGGUUGUGUAUGGAAUCACCAGCUUUGGACAUAAGAACUGCAGCGUUUUCCACAAGCCCUCUGUGUUCACACGGGUGUCUGCCUACACAGACUGGGUCUCUCAAGUGAUGGAGACUCCAUCACGAUCAACAGCAAAUUUGUGCUCUGCACACCUUCUCAUGUUCGGCCUCACCCAGUUGCUCGUGAGCCUCUUCCGGAACUGACGCUCGCUCUUUCGAUCUGCACGGUCAUGCACGGCUCCAAGAUGACACCGACUUGCAAUGCCUCGCAUCACCUUUCCCAAUUGAAUUGCAUCACCGUGCAUCAUGCAUCACCUUUCGCAAUUGAAUUUAUAAUAAAAGCACUCAUAUAAUAGUGGAACUAUGUUGUGCGGUACAAUGUCGCACGUCCGACUCGCUGGAAACCAAGGUCAUGCCAUGCUUGUGUAACGAAGAUCUGUGCUAUACAACAUCUGUACCAUCGCAAGACGCCCAUAGAGCCUAGCCGCUCAUUGUACGUGUAGUGAGUGACUUCCGAGACACGUCGAGUAGAAGGCUUCUUAUUUAUUAAAAGCACACGGGGUGUGCAGGUACACAUAGGCUAUCCUAACACGCAGCCCAUCUACGUCAUACACUAUGCGAGCUGUUUGACUAGCGUAGUGGCGGCAACGGAGAUGGUCUUGCACAAGAACAGUCACGUGGUCGAAGACGAAGCAAUGACAACGAGCAGCGAAGCAGCCAGGACCCAGGACCCGCAGAACAGCCCCGAACCUCUGGUUCGGUCCCCCUUAUAUCUGCCCGGCGUGGCCAAGCUCCACCUCUGGCCACGCCCCCUUUCCAGAACCUUCGGGCUGGUUCCUGGAGCUUCUAGACUGACUCCGCCCUUCACCUUUACCCCAGAUACCCCCCUUAUAAGGCAUUAUGUAAUGCAGCCAUAACCGUAAUUACCCCCUGUCAUUACAUGUUGAACUUCUUUCGCACGGAACGUAGCCAACCGUGCUAAUCGGAGGUGUUGGGGGAAGGACAACAAACUAAACUCUUGUGUAAUAAUUCAAUAUAAAUCUCUAUAUCCAAUAUAUAAUACAUCCAUAAGCCUACGCGUUAAAUUGAUAUAAUAUACAGUACGCUGAUAUGAAAAAUGUCUGUUAUGUGAACAUCUAUGGAAAAAUACAGUUACACCAUGAUGCACAAACACAGCACUGGGUGUUAUUAAUUGGUGAGAGUGGAUAGGUGAUGGUUGGAUAUGCAACACCGUACCGCACGUGUGUAAAAGUUUACAUUUACUGUCACUUAAUACACAUUUUUCAAUAAUGGCAUUAGACUUACUGCGAUUCGCUGUAGAAAUUAUUAAUAUGUCCACAGCAGUUUCACUUUUUUUUAGUGUACAUACAAUCAGGGGCGGUUUCUUCAUUAGGGCGAUUGGGCGACGCACCACCAAUGUCAUUCAACCACAGAGUUACGCGAGCCGUUACUGUGCCUCUGGAUAUAGUCCAAUCAGCGUCAUGUCACGUUCUGUGGAGUACUGCUUCUUUUUGGGCGAUUUCACUCUGGCUGAGAAUCGCCCAGAGUGUUCCCAUAGACUUACAUUAAAAUAUGUUUUUUUUCGAACGGCGGGCGCUGCAAUGAAUUCUCUAUGGCUUCCGGGAGGGCUCGAACUAACGUGCUUACGUCAUCAUACGUAAGCACAUUUCAGUCAACAAUAUUAUUUGUCGCCACCUAGUGGAAUCUUUAAUAAAAUAAACUGAGUGGAUUGUAAUAAUAGUGAGUAUAGAAACAAACAAGAUGUAUUGUAAGAGUCACUUUAUUUUUCAUUAAUAUUAAAGAAGUGAAGUUGCCUUUACAUGCUUAAGCUGUUAAUUUAUCCAUUGCAUGGGUGGACCUUAUCCUUAUCAAUCAUCCAGACAUUUGCCCCCCCUGAGAGAUUUUGCAGGAGCCGCCACUGCAUACAAUGAACCUCGCUACAUUGUGUAAACACGUUUGUCUCUCAUACAUCUGGCGAGCACUUUAACGACCUAUAGCACACGCGCUUGUCCACAAUGUGUGAGUACGCAUUGCCGUCCGGCAACGAUGUCAAACAUUUACACUUUGCACACGCUGCGUCAACGUCCGGAGGUACGAAAUCAGCGUUCCUGGUGGGGGAAAUUGCCCCCCUGAGUAACCCAAACGCGGGGCUUUAACUCACUAAGUCUUUAAAUUAAUGGCUCUUCUUUUCCCAAAGAGAUCCAGCCAAGGGGAUUGAACCCAAAUGCCUGAGUAUGGAAAAUGCUGUUAAGAUGUCUCGUAAAGCAGGCUACAAUUGUAUGAUUAUAAAAUGUCAUAAGAUGGAUUUUCUCGGCGCCCCUCCCCCCCCCAUUAGGGGCCGUCCAUAAAUUACGUCACGCACCUGGGGGGGGGGGGGUCAGACAUUCGUGACGAUGUGUGACGACGGGGAGAGGGGGGUUUGAGAAAUGUGACGACACGUCAAAAUGCUCAACUUUAAAUAUCGACAACACGUUCUACUUAAUUAAAUAUACUUUUAAUAAAUGUAUUCUCCUCCAACAUCAGAAUGCAGCGCCACAUUAAAUACACACUACAAUGACAAUAGUUUAA